UUGGGGGGAACCUCUCCUUUUGGAUCACUGGCCCCGGGAGUUUCUUUUAUUUAAAACAAUCCCAGUGGAUAGGCUCCAACAACCCUCAGACAGGAGAAAGGAACAGUCGCAGAUCACACGGCGACCGUAUUCCUAACCGGGGCGGGGGGACGGCGGGGCAUUCAUUAUGCAAGAAUAGAGCUAUGUUGCCAAUGUUACCUUCUUUGGCACAACUAUUUGGCGAGAGGGCUGCAAGGAGAGCCCCUCUUUGCCAUUAAAACAACUAAAGCACGCACAUCGGCCAGGAUCUAGCCUGUAACCCUUCUAGCACGCUUCGCAUUGCCAGCGCUCCAUCUAGUACAUUGCGCGUAGGCACUAAUCUGAUGGGGGCAGACACCGCUUUCGACAAGGGGUGGGUUAAAAAACAAAACAAAACAAAACAAAACAACCCCCCUCCCCCCCCAACCCUCAGAGCCUGACUUUGCCUCUUGGAAAGCUCUAAGUUGCAGCCCUGCGCUGCCUUCCAAGCAUUCUUUAAACUAGCAAUGUGGGAGGGACUCCAGGAGAGGGGGAGAGAGAGAUGGCUAUCAACUGAAUUCAUUACUGUAAACAUCUCCCUGGGGUGUCAGGCCGGGAGGGAGGGGGGAAGAGGGAGAGAGAGAAAAAAGCACGACUUACAUUAGCAGGGAAUAGUCAGAUCUGGGGCAGCAUAACGGCUAAGGUCAGCCUGCAAGCCCGGCUGAGAGCCAGCCCAGGACGAGGAGCGAGAAGGAGACGGACGGACCCGCGUAUAUUCACACAGAGGUGUCCGGUCCCUCCGGAGGCUGCACGGGGUCCUGGGUCUCUGGGGCUCCUCCUCAUGUGAUCCACGCGUCUCCAGCGGAGAAAAGACCAGGCGUGACCGGCUUCCUUCGGCUUCUCCUUCCCUUCCUCCCUUCAUUUAUUUCUCUGGGGGCAGCGGGAGGGCAGGGAGAGAAGCGCGGAGAGAAAGCGUGCUGGGGAUGCCCGCGCCCUGGGCUGCGCGUUGGAGGAGGAGGUGGAGGAGAAAGGGGGAGGAUGAUGCCGCUGCCUCCUAAGGGAGGAAGGAGAGAGACGGGGAACGGAGCGCUCCGGAGAGGAGACACAGGCAAGCGCCAGCCUGCGGGGAAGCGGAGCUUGCAGGGCGGGCUCGGCCCCGGCAGCUUUUCGCCCGCACCGCAUUGGAUACUGCCAAAGGCGACCGGCACGGCCACCACCACGGAGCAGCGCCGUCAGCGGCUGCAAAAGUUUUGGUGUGGGGGGCAAAAGGCGCAGAGGGGGAUUAUGAUCGGUGCCGGAGAAGGACUCCCAGCCCUGCCAGGAUUCUCAUAUCCAUCAUCAAGCUGAAAUGAAGACCUUGGAGGCUUAAGAAAACUGAGUGCACCACUACCUUGCUUCAGAGAAAGGAACUACUGGUCCAGCCAACCUUUCUCCUGAUGACUUUUGGUAGCUUUAGAUUGCCGGUUGCCUACCUUGAAAGACACAGGUAUUGUUUCUUUAAGUACACAUGGAGGAAGGCAGCAAAGUGUGUAACCCUGGCUAAUAAGACUGUGGCUUUCCUAUGAAGAGCAGAAGGCAGGCCAAUCAUAAAAGGAUUAUUUCACAGUUAGCCUCCAAGACUUUACCUCUGACCUGAUCACUGGACACAAAUACAAGCCAAUUCCAGCAGCCUGAGUUUUCACUACCUGUUCUUUAUCAUUGUUUUAAUUUCUCUUUCUUUGGUAUUCCAUUUCUUUAAGUUUAAAAUGGGCCUGUGGACGAGAAUGUGGUCCAAAGAUUGGGCAGCUUUCCUGAAAUCCUGGCUCAUAAUUUCCCUGGUGCUCUGCAUGCAGGUCUCCAAAACUUUGGCCUGUCCAAAUGUGUGCCGCUGUGACCGAAACUUUGUCUACUGUAAUGAACGAAGCUUGACCUCAGUGCCUCUUGGGAUACCGGAGGGUGUAACCGUACUCUACCUCCACAAUAACCAAAUUAAUAAUGCUGGCUUCCCUGCAGAGCUGCACAACGUCCAGUCUGUGCACACGGUCUACCUGUAUGGUAACCAAUUGGAUGAGUUUCCCAUGAACCUGCCCAAGAAUGUGAGGGUUCUCCACCUGCAGGAAAACAACAUUCAAACCAUUUCUCGGGCUGCCCUGGCCCAGCUCCUGAAGCUGGAAGAGCUGCACCUAGAUGACAACUCCAUCUCUACUGUAGGGGUUGAGGAUGGAGCAUUUCGGGAAGCUGUCAGCCUCAAGCUUCUGUUCUUGUCUAAGAAUCACUUGAGCAGUGUACCAGUUGGCCUUCCAGUAGACUUACAAGAAUUACGAGUUGAUGAAAACCGAAUUGCCAUAAUUUCAGACAUGGCCUUCCAGAAUCUCACGAGCUUGGAACGUCUUAUUGUGGAUGGCAAUCUCCUUACAAAUAAAGGUAUAACUGAGGGUACUUUCAGCCAUCUGACCAAGCUCAAGGAAUUCUCAAUAGUACGGAAUUCACUAUCCUACCCUCCCCCUGAUCUUCCAGGUACACAUCUGCUGAGGCUCUACCUGCAGGACAACCAGAUAACCCACAUACCACUUACAGCCUUUUCAAAACUCCACAAGCUGGAGCGGCUUGAUAUUUCCAACAAUCAGCUCCGGAUGCUGGUGAAAGGGGUCUUUGAUAACCUCCAUAACCUGAAGCAGCUCACUGCACGGAAUAAUCCCUGGUUAUGUGACUGCAGUAUUAAAUGGGUCACUGCAUGGCUCAAAUUUAUUCCCUCAUCCAUCAAUGUCCGGGGUUUUAUGUGUCAGGGACCAGAACAGGUCCGAGGUAUGGCUGUCAGGGAGCUCAACAUGAAUAUGUUGUCAUGCCCCACCACCACUCCUGGUCUGCCAAUUAUCACCCCAGCCCCUGCUGCCACCUUGCGAACUACACUGGUUCCCACUUCAUCAGUUCCAACUCCAAGUGAUAAAUACAGUCCUUUCCCACUCACCACAUCAACACUCCCCACUGUGCCUGACAGGGAGGGUGGAGAAAUGGUGACACCUCCCAUUUCUGAACGGAUCCAACUCUCCAUCCAUUUUGUGAAUGACACUUGCAUCCAAGUCAACUGGCUGUCCCUUUUUACCGUGAUGGCAUACAAACUCACAUGGGUUAAAAUGGGCCACAGCCUGGUAGGGGGCAUUGUUCAAGAACGGAUAGUAAGUGGUGAGAAACAACAUGUAAGCUUGGUGAAUCUCGAACCCAAAUCCACUUAUCGGAUUUGUUUGGUUCCACUGGAUGCUUUUAAUAAUUACCAAGCUGGAGAAGACACUGUCUGUUCAGAAGCCACAACCAAGGCUUCCCACUUAAACAAUGGCAGCAACACAGCCUCCAGCCAUGAGCAGACGACUUCUCAGAAUAUGGGCUCCCCCUUUUUGCUGGCAGGCUUGAUUGGGGGUGCAGUGAUAUUUGUGCUUGUGGUCCUACUCAGCAUCUUUUGCUGGCACAUGCAUAAAAAGGGGCGCUACACCUCCCAGAAGUGGAAAUACAACCGGGGCCGGCGGAAAGAUGACUAUUGCGAGGCGGGGACCAAGAAGGACAACUCCAUCCUGGAGAUGACGGAAACCAGCUUCCAGAUUGUCUCCUUAAAUAACGAUCAGCUCCUUAAAGGAGAUUUCAGACUGCAGCCCAUUUAUACCCCAAAUGGGGGAAUUAACUACACAGACUGCCACAUCCCCAACAACAUGCGAUACUGCAACAGCAGUGUCUCAGAUCUGGACCACUGUCAUACGUGAUAGUGAGGGAAAAGUGAGAUGCAUAGAACUAUUAGCAAAAACUCUGGAAAAAAAUAUCCACACACAAAAAAUUACAUUUGAUAAAUGUUACACAGAUGCAUUUGUGCAUUUGAAUACUCUGUAAUUUAUACGGUGUACUAUAUAAUGGGAUUUAAAAAAAGUGCUAUCUUUUCUAUUUCAAGUUAAUUGCAAAUGGUUUUGUAACUCUUUGCUUUUUAAAUCUUUAAAAAAUAUAUUGCUGAAGUACUGUACAGGGUUAUACAAUAAGAACCCAAUGCCAUGGCAAAGGAUAGAAAAACUCAUUCUUCAAACAUUAACCACUUUGCUGUCGAAGCUGUCUGAAGGAUGUAGGUCCCUAGGUAGUCCCCUGGUACAGGACAUAAGUGUUCAUUAAAACAGGGUCACUAGGGAUGGGCAAAGCCAGUUCUAAUAAAAUGAGUACAACCCUCUCACCCAAACUCAUAAUGAACUUCUUCUGUGGUUCAAACAAGUUGGAGUAACUCUGUUCCCUAUCUGUCACUUUCACCUGCCUCUGUAUUUCCUGGUUCCAUCUAGAAGUGGGAGUUCUGAAAUGCUACCAGAGAGGCUGUUUCAGGGGUGUAUUUUUUUUUAUAUGGAUGGAAACAAAGAAGUAUCAAACACUUUCUGCAAGAGUCAAAGUUCCCUGUAUUUCUAUUCAUAAGAGCUAGUCAGAAAAUGGUCCCAAAAUAUCAGAUACAUUUUCAUGAGAAUUUUUUCCCCAUUUUUCAUUAAAAUUAAGAAGUUUUACACAUUUUCUAACCAAUUUCAAUGGGAAAUGAGGGUGCUCACCAGCUAUCAGGUGGCUCUCAUCAUAUCACAUCACCUUCUGAGGGAGCAACUUUCGCAGAAUUAGCAUUUUCAGAUAAGGCCUGCACCUGUGAGUUGCUAAGUGCCAUCAAUGCCUAUUGACAUCAAAAGUCCAAAUCCUAUGGUAUUUGCCAUGACUUAGUGGCAAUAUAUCCUUCCAAAUCACUGAAAGCCUCAUCCAAAAAUCCAAGGAGAUCCAUGGAAAGUCUUCCGCUGGCUUCUGUGGAUUUUGGAUUAGGCCCUGAGUGAUUUAGUGGCUUGAAUAAAGUUCAGUACAGAGAACUAGGAAGAAACCACCUGGCAAGCGAGAAAGCUUUUGUCUGUUUGUUUGUGUGUUUGUUUUUUGAAAGGCUCUCAGACCUACUAUGAACUGAAUUAACUUCAGUGAAAUAAUCUCAUCAAAGUCCUAUUGUUUUAGGUGAAUGGAGAUAGACAAUAACUAAACUUUUGGUGAGUUGAAGGAUUUGAAUGGAUAGUAGUCCAUGCUGCCCCUUUUACUCUCCCUUCUUCAAUCCUUAGUCUGUUGGCCACUUUUUCAACAAUGGUCUGUGCUUUAAAAGUAGCAUUUGGGCCUAGAUUUUGCUCUGAUCUGCCCUCAACUCUUCAGUUGGCAUCAAUUCUGCAUCCCUGAGGUUGACACAUGCUAUAUGGAACAUCAUGCUUCUACUACAAUCAUGAUGUUUCUCUGAAAGUUACAUAACGUUCCAGCAGCUCCUGACUCCUGUGCUUGCCAAAAGCUCUGGUUCUCUUGCCAGCUCAGUGAUGGAUUUGAUUUUUUUUUAUUUUAUUUUUAAAAAGGAAGAAGACCACACAAAUAUCAGUAAGCCCCUCAUACAAAAAGCUCACAGGGCUUGUUUUCUAAAUGUUUUCCAAGGGAGAAGGGAAUGCAUACAUGCACGCUGGCUACAGAGAGCACGGAAAGGUCCAGCAAAAGUUGGUAUUCCAGUAAAAGUGGCCCAUUAAUUAGAGAUUUAACAAAAUCACUCUGAAAAACUUAGGGUUAUAUGAUCAUUGAUGGCUUCUUAUGCUAGGAGAGAGAGCUGUGGUCCCUUUCUCUGUGAAUUUCACCAUGCCCAUCCCUGAAUCCUAGUAGUCUUUGAGUGUGCAACUUCUAAAAUACCAUAAAUGCAUUUCUCUUCUGCACUGAAGAGAUUAAUCUGAUCUUUAGCUGUAGAUGGCAGAGUACAAUCAUUAUCCGAGGAACUGCGCCCUCCCCGCCAACACCUUUUAUAAUCCCAUUUUGGAAUUCCAUUCUAUAUUCUGUAUAUUUGCUAUUUUGUCAGGCUAUAACCGGUAUUUUAGGCAACCUGUGUGGCUACUGUAAUAGUAAAGUCACUGAAAUUUUGCUGAAUAAAAGGCUGCCAUAUGAUCUCAAAUUGUGUAAUUUUAGCUAGAAAAGUCUAUGCAAAGUGUUUUUUCCUAGUAUGUGACCUAUUUACUCAAGAUAACUGAGAGAAGGCUGUAUUUUUGUUUUGUUUUGUUUAAUAUGUUUUAGCUGCCAAGGCCCCACACGAUGAGCAGUAAGACAUGUGCAUGUGCACACACCUGUCGCAUUCGGUAUACAUGAAAGUUUAUUUUAGAUUAAGUAGAGUUAGUGAAUUCAUUCUGGACAUGGAUGUAGUAUUUAAUUUCACUGAAAUAGCUAGUUAUAUGUUUGGCUUGAAAAAAGCCAUCUCACAUAUUUAAUAAUGGUUCCCAAUCAUUGGUAUGUAUACCAGUACUGGUACUUCAUGCUUCGAUGUCUGAUACCGUAAAUACUUUUCUCUACCGUAAUUAUAAUCAGCUGUACUAUAAUCAUCUUAGUAUAUCAUAGUUACUAGAGCUAGGUGAAUUAUUCAUACCAAAUUACUUCUUCAGUGAGUUUAGCCCUUUAUUUCCAAUUGUGAAUUAUCUAUGCAUAGAUUAAUUGAUAUGAUUAUGCUUGCUAUUUAAAAUUGUUUGAUGAAUACUCAUGUGAAUAUGAUCCAGACUAGGGGUUGUUCACAAACUGUUCAGUUUGACUACCUCUUGGAUUAUUCAUGGUGCGUGACUGGGCCAGCUAAAUCACAUGUCAUUAAUUCUGCUCCCUGAUUGAUGAUGGGAACUUUUAUAAACAGCAGGAGGGAAAUCCAAGAAAUUUAAAAAAUGACAGAGUUUGGGCUUCUGGUAGUGAACCCUUGUGCAAACAUAUUGGCAUGGAGUGUUCAUUGGACUCAUUUUACAUGAACGUUAUGUUGAAAAAAAAAUCUGUACCAGAUUUCUCUGAAAAACAAAUUGAAAGAACUGGGAGUACUAGCUAAACAAAUGUUUAGAUACAUGUUUUGGAAAUAGUUUUGUUACCUCUAACUGUUACCCACCUCUCCUCCAUUUGAGCACACUCCAACACACAACAAAGUUUGGAUUGUUUCCAAUUAGGUUCCAUAGUUAUACAAACAGCUCAAACUCCAUUUUAGCACAUAGUUGACGAAGCUUCAUUUGGUGGAGGUUUUCAAAAGAGGCUGGAUCACCAUCUGUCUUGGAUGGUUUAGACACCACAAAUCCUGCAUCUUGGCAGGGGGUUAGAUGAGAUGACCCUUGUGUUCCCUUCGAUUCUAUGAUUCUAAGCAGGUGAGAGGCACUAGCUGAAGUCUGAGUCUGGUAAAAUGCCUGAAAAGAUUGGGAACCUCUCAGUUAAAAAUAAAUGUUGACAAAGAUUUUUUUUGUGAUUGGACAUUUAAUAUUAAAUUAAUAUCACAAGCUUUCAUCUUGUACACAGUAUAUUCCAAACAGGCUUCAUUAAUGCUGCAGAUUAUGGGAUCUGCCUCAAUUAGUGUAAGAUCUGCAUACUUACAUUAGCUAGCAUACACCGUGUAGAAAAGUUUCAAAUGCAUGCACACAAAACCCAAGCAGAACCUCUGAGUAUGGAUUUGCUAAUCCUGAUUUCCAUAGAUCUGGGUUGUACACAUUCAUUAGGGUCUAUGUGCUCAGGAGUUGGACUUGCGCAUGAAUGAAAAUCUGAUCCAUUUUUUAUAAUAGACCCAUUCACCUCAUGUGAAUAUAUAGGACAGAUCACUGUGGGGAAUAAAAAAGGGUUGAAAUGAAAUGAUGUAAAUUAAAUAUCAUGAAAACAUCACAACAGCUGUUAUUUGUAGUCACUGCAUUGGUUUUCCAAAGACUUUUUUCCUUACAAAUUAGUUCCAAUUUUCAUAUACUCUGUCAAUGUAACAAACAUCCACAGCAUGUAGCUUAAAAGCAGAAACAAACAGCUGGAGGUCACACAUCUUUAAACUGUAUGAUUUGCAUUGAAGAGGCCAUCCAUGGACUCCUUUGUAAGAAUAUUUAUGUUCUGUAUUCCUCACUUCCCCUGGCUGAAAAUACAUUAGGAGAUUUCCGCAUGGGACAAUAAAUACAUAAAAUGAACCUGAUAUCAAAUAUGACAAUGAAGUAGAUAAUGCUUCAGUUCCAUUUGCUAUUGGACCAGCUCACUUUUUCUUUUUUUUUUUCAAUCAUUUUAUAUCUUUAUCAGAGUGAGAAAAUUCCUCUAUUUGAGGAAAGAAUCCUGCCUAAAAUUGCAAGCAAAGAAAUCCAAUUCUUAAUGUAUAAUUGGUGUAGUCUUCAGGGAACUAAAUAAGGCACUUUUUUAAUGACACUAAAUAGCAGUUUCAGUCUCAGCUUUUGACAGUGAAGUGGUUAAUUUUCAUUGAGUCCUUAGUUUAUAGCAUUUCUUUGCUCUAACUUAUAACAGGGACAUUAAAGUUUUACUUUAGAAUAUAAGAAUAAUGGUUUUACUCAUGACUUAUCUUUCCAGCUGCAUGAAAAAACAAAACAGAAAUUAGUGCCAAAAACAAAAGUAGCUAGCUCUAAACUUCAUCAAGUCCUGUCUGAUGCUCUCCUUUUUACAUGAAGGAUAAUUCUAGGAAGCUGAAGCUGACAUCCUUCCCUAAGAGCUACAGGAGAGGUCAGUUUGGAUCACAGAAGACACUAGGGGAUGCUUGUAAAAGAUUUAUUUGUGAAGUUUUUGCACAAGCAUGAUACUGUAUUUUCUCUUCAAUAAGACAGUUCUUUCUAGUAGCACACCCAGCAGUCUAGCACAAAGGGGAUGCAGCAAACAUUGACUAUACUGGGGACUCUUAAAGAAACACAACCCAUUAGAGUUAAAUUCUGAUCCUCUCGAAUACAGACAAGGCAUGGAACAAAUUAUCAUGAAUACUGGGUCCCAGAUAUAGUGGCACCAAAUAUAUGAAUUGAAAAAUAAUCAUAAAACAUUGUUAUUAAUUGAGGCAUAUGCAAAUUUCGUUCUUUGUGUUUGGUAUAUUUUAUCUAUAAGAAGAGAGUACAAGUGGUUUGAAGCCUGCGUUAUCCAUCUUCUGAGACCUGCCAUGUUUAACUUCAAAACUCCAUUCUACAUUAUAUAAUAUCUUGCUGGCUUAAUCAGUAAAGACUUAUUGGAAAGAAAAACCACCACAAAAUCUGCUAUGUUUAUAUGAGUACCUGCAUUAAAAUUCAGACAUCUCAUCUCAUCCAAAACCUCAGCCAAAAGGGAAUGGAGUAAAAAAAAAUGGUCAGGAUUCCAAAUUUUCAUUUUUGCUUAUUUUUUAAAAAGUGUUUUGCUGUACAUCUGCUCUCUCUUUAAAUUCUAAUCAACUGACUUGUUUGUUUUAUCUCUUUAUAUUCAAAGCAGUUUUUCCCCUAUAAUGAGAACUACUUGUUUGCGUCAUUUUCUGAAAGAUUGUCUUAGCUAUAGACACAUUCUCAUCUUGAUAUGCAUUUAGGAAAUCACUGUUCGAGAAGACAAGAAUGUAACAAUGUUUGCAUAUAGUGUGUGUGUAUGAGAGUAUGUGUAUAUACAUACAUGCUAAGUGUGUAUGCGGAGGUAAUAUCCAAUCCAUGUGAGAAAUUGCAGAUCCACAGGAUAAAUGCCUUGGGUCCCUAACCUGCCUUUUACCCAUUAAUCUAUUUUCCAGGAAUGAAAUUUUCCUCCUCCUCCUCCUCCUCUUCCAGUUUCUCCCAGAAAAAUCAGUUCUGGUUGAGACCCAAGAAGAACAGGAUUCAGCUAUAUGAUAGUUGGCAGCUUUUCUACACCUAGUACCUAGUGUAUGUGUGUACAGGAAGUUUAGAGAGACAAGGUGGGUGAGGUAAUGCCUUUUAUUGGACCAACUUCUGUUGUUGAGGGAGAAAAACUUUCGAGCCAUACAGAGCUCUUCUUCAGGUUUGGGAAAUGUACUCCCAGUGUCACAGCAAAAUGCAAGGUGGAAUAGAUUGUUUAGGAUAAGUGGUUAGCACAUAUUGUAAGGGACCAUUUAAGGUGGAGUGACCCAUUAACACCUGUGCAAUCAUAGGACAAAAAGAGGGGGUUAGUGGGUUACAGAUUGUUGUAAUAAACCAUAAACCAGUGUCUCUGUUCAGUUCAUGAUUUUUAAUGUCUAGCAAAGUAAAGUAUUUAAGCUCGUCUUUUGAAGCCCAGCCUCGUCUUUUGAAAGUGUUGCACACCUUUCCUUUGAGGAUAUGGACUGAGAUGUCACAUGUAGAGUGAUUGCUUUGUGAAAAGUGUUCACCCAGAGGUGAUAAGGUGUUUUUGUCUUUUUAUCAUUUUUCUGCGUGAGUUUGGAAUGGUCCUUUACAAUAUGUACAAUAUGUACUAACUACUUAUCAAAAUGCAAGGUGAAACAGAUUGUUUAGCAUGUCAUGCUGGGAUUUCCUUUCCCAGACUUGAAGAAGAGCUCUGUGUGACUCAAAAGCUUGUCUCUUUCACAACCGAAGGUGGUCCAGUAAAAGAUAUUACUUCUCGCACCUUGUCUUUUUAAUGUCUUAGGACUGACACAGUUACAACUACACUGCAGAAAGGAGAUUUAUACAUUUGAGAAGAUUCCCAACUUCCAGUGAUAUACAAAGCACUCACUUCUGGCCCUGGAAGGGCCUGCAGUAUCAAACCUAUAGUUGUGUUAUUUUUUAUGUUGAGAAAAAAGUUUAUUUUCAAGAGUCUUGCACUUCACCGAUGAGUUCUUUUUUUCUCUGUAAGCCCUGGAAAGUUCAAGUCACGGUAUAAGGAUGUGUGUAACUUAACACACACAUCGCUGCUCACCCACCAUGAUUCCCCAGUCUGUCUCUCCCACAGAAGCAACUCCUACUCUCUAUUCUAAGCAACCUGUCUCACCAUGGGUAUAUGAGAAUACAGAGAGAUGGGAUAGAGGAUAGCAGGAUAGAGGUUUAUGACAAAAAAACCAGCAAUAAAAUAGAAACAUUUUCAAAGUUUA